GUCAGAUUGUAAACUCCAGAGGCGUUGCUGAUCGCCGACGGGGCAGUUUUACCAGUAGAUUGGUCCACGCACGAAGCCUCAAAUAUCUAAAACGAAUGCAACGUGAUCUGAAUGUACUGCAACUCCAAUUACACAUCGCCAAGAUUGACAGUCGAUGCCAAGUCGGCAGCCAAGAUGCCCAGAGGGAGACACGCGAGAAUUGAGUUUGGGUGUGGCCGCUAGGGUAAACACGUCGUCGCAUUGGAAUGUCUCGUUUUAAUUGCAGUGACAGGGUUCUAGACCACCCCCCUCUCGGCGGAGGAGAUGAUAUCGAGCAAGAACCCCGCCGAGCCAUCACUGCUAGCGCGCAGGAAAGCUUAUCUUAAGCUUGUUCAAAGCUGCCUAGCGUCGCUGGCAGGCUUGGCACAUAAAGACACUGAAGCCCAGGUCUUUGAAUGCUCUUGAGGUUUGUUUUGAGACAGACAUUCUAUACUCUCUUCUCUCUUUUACUGUAUUGUCGGACAGUAAAGUCACUCAACAUGUCUACAUCACCGCACAAGGAUGAGGUCAAGGACGAGACUACGGUCACGGUACCUCACGAUGAGGAGGCGGGCUCGACCACUCAGGGCGAGGGUCACCUCAAGCGUGAUCUUCGCAGUCGACACAUGCAGAUGAUUGCCAUUGGAGGUGCUAUCGGUGCUGGUCUCUUCGUCGGUUCUGGUAGUGCUCUUCACAAGGGAGGUCCCGCGUCGCUGGUAAUUGGUGAGCAGCCCUAUCUCAUCAUCGGUGUCAUGUUGCUCUGCACCAACUUGGCCCUCGCAGAAAUGGCUGUUCUAUAUCCCGUCAACGGUGCCUUUUACACCUACAUUGUCCGCUUCGUCGAUCCCUCUUGGGGCUUCGCCUGCGGUUGGGAAUAUGCUCUGUCCUGGCUCACAGUUCUUCCUUUCGAGUUGAUUGCUGCGUCCAAGACUAUUGAGUUUUGGCGCACUGACAUCCACAUGGCUGUUUGGGUUACUGUCUUCCUUGUCGCUCUCACCAUUGUUCAGAUCUUUGGUGUCCGUGGUUACGGAGAGGUCGAAUUCGUCCUGUCCGCCAUCAAGAUCUGCGCUUGUUUGGGAUUCAUCAUCCUCGGUAUCAUCAUCAACUGUGGUGGUGUCGGUGAUCAGGGCUACCUCGGUACCAAGUACUGGCACGACCCUGGUGCUUUCACCAACUUCAAGGGCUUCUGCGCUGUCUUCACCGUUGCCGCCUUUGCCUUUGGUGGUACCGAAAUGGUUGGCCUCGCUGCCGCUGAGACGGCUAACCCCCGAAAGUCUGUCCCCACUGCUUCCAAGCAGGUCUUUUGGCGUAUUGCUCUCUUUUACGUCAUCAACCUCUUCAUUGUCGGCAUCAUUCUCCGAUCUGAUGAUGAGCGUCUCCUCGGUGCUUCUGGCGCUAACACAAAGGCCUCGCCUUUCGUCCUCGCCAUUCAAGAUGCAGGCAUCAAGGUUCUGCCCUCCAUCUUCAACGCCGUCAUCACCAUCUCCGUCUUGUCCGUCGCCAACUCGUGUACCUUUGGUUCAACCCGUACCAUGCAGGCUAUGGCUAUGCGUGGCCAUGCCCCCAAGUUCCUGAACUACAUCGAUGGCAAGGGACGUCCCAUCUACUGUGUCAUCAUUCAGCUUGCUUUCGGUCUGCUGGCUUAUGUCGGAGAGUCCAAGAAGGGAGGUACCAUCUUUGACUGGCUUCUGGCUUUGUCGGGUCUUGCUUUCCUCUUUGUUUGGGGCACCAUCUGCCUCGCUCACGCCCGUAUGCGAUCUGGCUUCAAGGCCCAAGGCAUUGACCUUAACCUUGUCCCUUACAAGACUCCCUUCGGUGUCUGGGGCAGCUGGCUCGGCGUGUUCCUCAACGUCAUUGCUCUUAUCGCCACCUUCUACUCUUCCCUCUACGCUCCCGAUGGCUCUCCUCCCAAUGCCGAGGCUUUCUUCAUGUCUUUCCUCGCUGGUCCCAUUAUUCUCGUCCUGUACCUUGGUUACAAGGUCUAUUCCCGCGACUGGAAGUUGUAUGUCAAGGCCAUUGAUAUGGAUCUCCAGACUGGCAUUGUCCUCCUUGAUGAACCCGAGCAUGAGGCUCCCUGGACAUUGAAGAAUGCGCCAAGACGCUUGCUCUCGGCUAUUAUCUAGAUAUCUUGGCAGAAAUUGUCUUUAAUUAGUUUGCUCCGGGCGACAGUAGUUUAAAUCUCAUUCAAUAUACCUCCGUCUUACUGUCCUCAAUG